ACGAAAUCUUGAAUGUGAGAUUUUUUUCGUUCAAGCUGAUGUUCAUAGCUUUUCUGCUCGGAAAGACAAGCACAAGGACAAUACUGUCAAUAGCAAGUAAUAGUAGACUCAUUUCUCCGUGACUAGCCAGGUCGUGACUGUAACUCUCACCUGGACGUGUACAAGACCAGUGAAUUUCAUUUAGUGAUAGCUGGAAAGAGCCUGGAGGGAAGAGCUGAACAGAUUUGGUUCUCGUAUUCAGCACCACACACAUUGUGCCAACAUGUCUGAGUCAUCCAGCAUGCCUAUGGUGCCGUCAAUGAUGAGCGAUGGAGAAGAAGAGGAGAAGGAGGAAGAAGAGAUGGGGUACUCAGCAAACCAAGGCACUAUGACCAACGCUGAUUUUCGCCGUAUGGUCAUGAAGUCCAAGCAAUCGGCAUCGUCCGAGAAAACAGAAAGUGGCUCUGUCAGCCAAUCUGUUGAUGACCUGCAGACCAGGGAGGAUGCAGCAAUGCGGCGACGAAAGCGGAAAAGCAUGUAUGCCAAGCUGAAGCGAGUGGAGGAGGAACGCGAUGCCGAGCUCGCCAAGAAGUACCGUGACCGAGUAAGUUACCUUUCGACUCUGCUCCUUUCCGUGAGCAACCAUGUUUGUGCUCCCAUCUGCCAUCGCUUUCUGGGCCGCGCCAAUAACGUUACCGACUGCUUUGACGUGCUCUGAAUGUGUACUUGUUUC